AAAAUCACCAAAAAAAGACAAUCUAGCAAUUGUUAAAAUUAGGACAUAACAAUAUCAAUCCAAUCCAAGAACUUCUAAACCCUUCUUCUCCCUCAAACCCCAUAACCCUUGUUUCUAUCUUUUGAUCAAGUGCCCUCUCCCUCCCUUGCAACUUUGGUUUCUAAUUCAAAGAAUUAGAAAUCAAGAUUUGGGUGCAAGAAAUCAUGGUUGGGCAGUCAAGAAAAUGGAUGAUACUCGUGGCAGCAACAUGGAUACAAGCAUUUACAGGGACAAACUUUGAUUUCUCAUCGUAUUCUUCUGACUUGAAAUCCGUUCUUGGGAUAUCUCAAGUGCAGCUCAACUAUCUCUCUGUGGCCUCAGAUAUGGGGAAGGCAUUGGGUUGGUGUUCCGGGGUUUCUCUCAUGUAUUUUCCUUUGUGGGCUGUCAUGUUCAUGGCUGCCUUCAUGGGUUUGUUUGGUUAUGGCCUCCAAUGGUUUGUCAUUCAAAGACUCAUCACUCCUCCUUAUGUUCUGGUAUUCAUUCUAUGCUUGUUGGCUGGAUGCAGCAUCUGCUGGUUCAACACAGUCUGCUAUGUUCUAUGCAUCAAACACUUCCAAGCGAACCGGGCACUUGCAUUGUCCCUCACAAUCAGUUUCAAUGGGGUAAGUGCAGCUCUCUACACCCUCAUUGCCAAUGCAAUAAACCCAAAUGAUGACACCAUCUACCUCUUCCUCAAUGCUCUAGUACCUCUCUUCGCAUCCGGUGCUGCUCUCAUCCCCGUACUCCGCCAACCCCCGAUUCAGUCACUUCGUGCUGAUGCCACUCGCCGUGACUCCAUCAUUUUUCUUUGCCUAAUCAUCCUAGCUGUGAUCACAGGCCUAUAUCUACUCCUCCUCAACUCCCUAUCCUCUGAUGUAUCGAAAGCUCGGAUGCUCUUAGUUGGUGCUCUUUUUCUUCUGAUCCUACCUUUGUGUCUGCCUGGCAUUGCAUAUGCUCGUGAGUGGGCUCGUAGGAACUUCCCCUCAAGGUUCCCUUCGGACAACUCAUCUACCUUCAAUUUGGUUGACCCUGAUGAUUUUGAGCUCCAUAAAGAACUCAUUGCAGGAAGUGAAAGCACUAAUGCCACAAGUGCCACAAAUGCUAAUUCGCAUGGGUUGAUAGACACAGAAGGCUUUUUCAGGUGUUUCGAAUGUUUUGGGAAGCUGAUGGAGAAAGACAGGUUGACAGUGCUAGGUGAAGAGCACUCAGCUAAGCUGCUUGUACGCCGGUGGGAUUUUUGGCUGUACUAUGCUGCAUAUUUUUGUGGGGGAACAAUUGGGUUGGUCUAUAGCAACAAUCUUGGUCAGAUUUCACAAUCACUUGGAUACAGUUCCCUGACUAGUUCUCUAGUCACAUUAUACUCUUCAUGCUCCUUCUUUGGUCGUUUGCUCUCAGCUGCCCCGGAAUUCCUGCGUGAUAAGAUCUAUUUUGCAAGAACUGGAUGGCUUGCAGUUGCUCUGGUGCCAACACCAAUUGCCUUCUUUUUGCUUGCUGUAUCAGGCAGUGAGGCAAUGCUUCGUGCAGGAACAGGCUUGAUUGGGAUAAGCUCUGGCUUUGUGUUUUCUGCAGCUGUUUCAAUUACAUCAGAGCUUUUUGGGCCAAACAGCGCUGGCGUAAACCAUAACAUCCUCAUCACCAACAUCCCAAUUGGCUCACUCCUAUAUGGCCUUCUUGCAGCUCUGGUGUAUGAUUCCAAUGAAGGAAGCUCAAUAAUCGGGGUGAGCUUGUUAAAGGAAGCAACAUUGUGCAUGGGUAGGUCAUGCUAUAGGCAGACAUUCAUAUGGUGGGGCUGUAUUUCAAUAGUAGGGUUAGCUUCAAGCUUAUUCCUAUUCCUACGGACCAGGACUGCUUACAACCGCUUUGAGAGGAACAGAAAUCGAACACAAGUAAUGCAAUCCUACUCACAGUAGUCCUCCUCUUAGUCUCAAAUUCACAUAUUUUAAUGGUAACUUCUAGAAAAGCUUAGAGAUGUGUGAGAUUUCAAUGAGAGUUAAAAACA